CCGGUGGGUUGGGCGGGUGCGACCGACACUUCCGCCCUCGCCAGCUUGUGGAGCGGAGGCAUGGAGGUGGGCUAGCGGCCGAGAAAUGUUCUUUUGGGACCAGAGUCUGGGUAUAUAUGAGUGAAAAUCCUCACCCAGGAAUCUCGACUGAGAGGCUCACAUCUCUGUAAGCCAUUAGCCCAGAAAGUUUUGAGGAGUGGGCUCAGAUUUGAGUUAGUCCAUUAUUGACAGCUGGCCAGCAGGUGGUUCUCAAUGUGGUUGAGAUCCAGGUACAGAAUGAGCACAUGUUGCUGGUGUACGCCAGGUGGCGUUUCCGCCAUUGAGUUCCUGCAGCGCUAUGCAUCCAGGACCCAGUCCAGUGAAUUCCAGACAGCAGAUGAAGACCUCUGCUACUGCUUAGAGUGUGUGACUGAGUACCACAAAGCAAGGGACGAACUGCCAUUCUUGCAUGAGGUUUUAUGGGAAUUAGAAACCUUACGUCUCAUAAAUCACUUUGAAAAAUCUAUGAAAGCAGAAAUGGAAGGUGAUGAUGAUGAAUUAUAUAUCAUAGACAACAAUGGAGAGGCACAACCGUUUGACUUCACUGGCCAAGACUUUGAGAAUAAGCUUCGAGUUCCUCUUCUCGAAAUCCUGAAAUACCCUUAUCUGCUUUUACAUGAGCAUGUUAAUGAGUUAUGUGUUGAAGCACUUUGUCGGAUGGAACAAGCCAAUUGCUCCUUUCAGGUUUUUGAGAAACAGCCCGGAAUCUAUUUGUUUUUGGUCCAUCCCAACGAAAUGGUUCGUCGUUGGGCUAUCCUGACUGCAAAAGGCUUGGGAAAAGUGGACAGGGAUGAUUAUUACGACUUACAAGAGGUUUUGACUUGCCUUUUUAAAGUCAUUGAGUUGGGGCUUUUAGAAAAUACAGACAUUUAUACUACUACUGUCCUUGAGAAGGGUAAAUUGAUCAUCCUGCCUCCACACAUGUAUGACACUUCCAACUACAAAAACUAUUGGUUAGGGAUUUGCAUGCUGCUGACCAUUCUCGAGGAGCAAGCCAUGGAUUCACUGUUGUUGGGCUCAGACAAACAGAAUGAUUUCAUGCAGUCAAUACUUCACACCAUGAAGAGACAGUCAGAGGAUGAUAGUGAAGAUCCUUUCUGGCCAGCAUUGCACUGUUUCAUGGUCAUUUUGGAUCGCCUGGGAUCUAAGGUCUGGGGUCAACUUAUUGAUCCUAUUGAGGCCUUUCAGACCAUUAUCGACAAUGCAAGCUACAACAGAGAGAUCCAGAAUAUACGGAACAGCUCUGUGAGGGCCAAGUCAGAACCAGAGUCGUGUCUGGAUGAUUUGGUGACUUGCAGCCAGAUUGUGUACAAUUAUAACCCUGAAAAGACCAAAAAGGAUUCAGGGUGGAGAUCAGCCAUUUGCCCAGAUUAUUGUCCUAACAUGUAUGAAGAAAUGGAAACAUUAGCCAGUGUGCUUCAGUCAGAUAUUGGUCAAGACAUGCGUGUUCACAACAGCACAUUUCUGUGGUUCAUCCCUUUUGUUCAGUCCCUCAUGGAUCUUAAUGAUUUGGGUAUGGCUUACAUAGUAGAGGUCAUCCACCAUCUGUACUCCCAAGUCAAAGAUGUUCUCAACCAAACAGCUGUGGUGUGUGACAAAGUCACUGAAUUUUUUUUCCUAAUUUUGGUGUCGGUGAUUGAACUACAUAGAAAUAAAAAAUGUUUGCAUUUGCUGUGGGUUAGCUCCCAGCAGUGGGUAGAAGCCAUUGUGAAAUGUGCCAAGCUUCCCACCACUGCAUUUGCACGGAAUUCUGAGAAGUCAUCUGCCACUGGCUCCAAAGGAGCAGCAAUGAUAACGUCUCUGUCACUGCAUUCAAUGCCAUCUAACUCUGUACAAUUCGCUUGUGUGCAGCUCAUUAGAAGUCUUCUUAAAGAAGGUUAUCAGCUUGGGCAGCAGACUCUUUGUAAGCGAUUCUGGGAUAAGCUCAACUUAUUCCUGCGAGGAAAUUUAUCUCUAGGUUGGCAGUUGACUAGUCAGGAAACCCACGAGUUACAAACUUGUUUAAAGCAAAUUAUUAGAAACAUAAGAUUGAAAAUGCCUCAAUAUACUGCUUUGGCAGAGUUGGCUCCUCCAUGUAAAACCCCUCCUGCCUCUAAUGGUAAAGAAGAAAGUGAACAAAUAGGGAAGGCAUGUGAAAAAGACAUCCCCUUUCUGGAAAGUUGCAGCCCAACGUGUUCUAAAGAACCAGUGAAAGCUGAUGUAUGUCAAGUGCAAGAGAGUAGUGUAGUAAGCAAAGCAAGUAACACUAUAGAAGAAGGUAAUGAGCAAAAUUAUAUAAAAGGUUUGAAACUAGAAGACCAUCUCUCAGCUGAGUCACACUUAAAGCAGAGUAGUAAAAACCUUUCCACUGAAAGAACCCAAGAUCAAGUUAAAAUACACACAAAGAAGCAGAAGUCUGUAAAAGAUAAUUCCUCCUGUUUGCCACAGAACUGUACUUCAAGAAAUGAUCCAGAAGAGGGAUGUGACAGUGGAGUAACUAUGUCAACACAUUUGUUGACUGAUUCUAACACUGAUUCUCUGGAAAAGGCACCCACAUCAAAAGAGGAUUUCUCUCUAAAGAAUGAUGUUCUUGGCAAAACCUCAAAAGCAAAAACUAAGGCACAGAAAAGUGACAUUUGUACUGAGUUAUCCCAUGUAAUAAAGAAGCAAAACAGGAAAAGUGCCUUGGUCAAAAAUACUGUGGACUUAGAGGGAGCCCUGACUGUCUCUGACCGUGAGAAUUUCUGUUCAGGGACAGAUACUGCAGGUCAGAAAGGUGAUGGCUUCAUGCAGAACUUUUCUUUAGACCCUAAUGAUAGUCUUUGUCAUAAAAAUAAAGGACAGAAAUCUCUUUACAGUUUAUUGCUGAAACAGUUGAAGAAUGAAGAGUUAGACGUUCCUUCUUCCCAUGAAAACAAUUGUCAAGUACAGGAAUGUCAUGUUGAUGAUAAAGAUUUUAUCUCAUUUACUUCCAUGCCUAAAACAUCUCCCUGUAAAGAUCCUGUGACUUUACUUGGAUCAAGUGAUAAGGGGAUUAACAAGAGCACUGGUCCAGUUUCUUUUGACCUGAGAGAACAGGCCCCUAGCAGUCCUCAGUGUGACACCCUAACAGAUUCUCAGAUAGACAGAGACCUCCACACAUUAUCUUUAAUAGCUCAAGCCCGUGUCAGUAAGUUUCCAUCAGAUUCAACUCAAAAAAGCUCAUCCCAGUUACAAAGAAAAGUAAAAGAUAAAAGAAGUUUCAGAGCCAACCAACAUAAUGUCAGGGAAACCUGUGAACGAAUUAUUAUUAUUUCAGAUUCUGAUGAAGAUAGUGAUGAACAAACUCCAGAUUCUGAGAAACACAUUAAACAAGAUAAAAUGUGCAUUGAGAAAGAAUGGCCAGGGCAGGGUACUUCAAUAGCUAAUAUGAAUGUGGACAUGAAGCUAACAAAGGAAGAGAAGAUAGAGGAGUUUGAGGACUCUGGCUCUCAGGUUUUUGAGUUUGAAAGCCAACAGAAAGUGUUUUCAGUUUGGCAAGAUCAGAAAACAGACAAUGGGAAUUCAGUUCAAGAGGAUGAAAAAAAUUCAUGUUUGAUUCAUAUAGUAGAUAUCACAAACGAUUGGGGUUAUGAUACAGAUUACGCUAUGUCUGAAGAAGUUACCAAAAAUGAAGCAGAGGGCACUGAGCAUGCAAAACCACAACGUGGUAGUUCCGUUGAGGAAGUUUGUGAAAUUAAAGGAAAAAAACCCAAGAGAAAAAAAUUUAAAAAAAAGAUGGCUGAAGAUUCUUUAAGGCUUUCAUCUUCUGUCAGAAAUGAGGACCAAUCUGAUACUCUUAAUGAGAGGGAUCUAACUGAAAAUGAUACUAAAAUUGCAGACAUAAGAACAUCUCCCAAUUCAGGUGUUGAGAGAGCCACUCCAGUCUCCCUGAAGAAGUCAUCUCCAAAGCAUCGAACUUACUCCAAAGUGGAUCGGAGAGCCUCAGUUUCUAAAACACCUAAGAAAACGCAUUCAGACACCAAAAAAAGGCAGAAUAAAGGUUUAAAUUACAUAAGUUGCAGGAACACUCCUGCUAUCGUGCUACCAAAGAAAUCUCGCCAGUGUCCUGAACCAACUUCAAAGGCUGAGAAACUUGGUCUGAAAAAGGCUCCUCGUCGGGCAGCUGUGUUGUCUCAGCGAUCUUUAGACAUAAUAGGUCAAUUACGCCACCAUGGCAAAAUUGUUGGAGAAAUUGGUACCCCAAAAAAGGCUAAACUGAUUUCUCCUAGGACUCUUCCUGGGAACGAUAAGAAACUGCUCGUGAGUCAAGAGCUUCCAUAUCAAAGGCAGAGGAGACCCAAAUCUAAUCGAAACAGACAAAGACGUAAUGGCAGUGCAGACACUACAAGAGCAGCACCACAUGCGGCCCAGAAUUCUGACAGUGUUAUACCAGAUAUAGAUAGGUCAGAUGACAGUAACAAAGGAGGAACUGAGGUCAUGGCAAACAGUAGUGGAGAUCAGUCAAUAAAAUGUGUGUCUCCUGAACAAGGACCUGGGAAAGAAAAAUACGUUGCUCAGGUGGCUGGUGAUGCUUUUCUUUUGAGCCCUUGUAGUUCCCCUGUGUUAAAUGGAAGAAUACCAACAGGUGAAAUUACGGUCUGUACUCCAGAGGACCCUUUAGGUGGUGGCAACCUGACUGGACAUCAUUUAGAGGUGCCAACUUUGAAAAGGGGACAGCUUGACUCCGACAGUGAUAUGGAAGAUGAUAUCUUUUUAACACAACAUGAUCCCGAAGAUAGGGACUUAGGUUCACAAAUGCAGAAUGGUGAUAAUAGACUCACUGGAGAAGGCCAUUGGAAAAGAGUUCAUGUAGAAGAUUCUAUAAAUCGGCCUCAGUCAGAAUCUGUGAGUAGCACAAAAUGUAAGUACAAGGAUUGUGUGGAAACUGUGAAAAGCCAGGGUGAGUAUUGCUCAAAACACUCUGAAGCUAAAGCAGCAGAUGAAGAUGUCUUUCGUAAACCUGCCCUGCCUCUUUCUGCGUCUAAACCUUUGAGACCUUCCACCACAAAGAUUUUUAGCUCAAGCAGUACUUCACGAAUUGCUCAUCUUUCCAAGUCUUUGGAAAGUGCCUCGGCAUCUCCAGGCCUAAAAAAUAAGUCAAAUGGAGGACAGCCUGUUUCCAAAGUACCACAGCCUGCCUCUCCGUUGUCUCCAAAGCCAAGGGCUGAAGUGAAGAGUUUGUACAAUAUUCCUCAUUCUCCAAUUCCAAAUAACUCCAGCAGGCAAGCUUUCAAACUCCCGUUAGGUGAGUGCAGACCUUUUUCUUCUCCAGCCAACGUCUUCUCAUCAUCACAGCCUAUCUCUGACACCUUCAUCAAAGAGGUCUUGAAAUGGAAAUAUGAGAUGUUUGCAAAGUUUGACCAGUGUGGGCCCCCAAUAACUCUUUGUCAGGCCAUCUCAAGAUCCGUGCCUGUCAGAUUUCAAGAUUAUCAAGAUUACUUCAGUGUUUUCUUCCCUCUGGUGUUACUGAAUGCCUUUGAAACGGUAGCACAGGAAUGGAUCAGCUCUCCAAACAGAGGAAAAUUCUAUGAGUUGCAGUUACGAAGAUUUCCUGCAGAAUAUAAAAAAUACUGGGAGUUUGUGAUUUCUCUUGAGGAAUGCGAACUGUCUAAACAGCUUUAUCCAAGGGAGAAUGACUUGGUGUUUUUGGUUCCUGAGAGACUGAAAGGAGAGAAGAGAGGGAUGGAGGGGAAUUCCAUCCAAGCUUCCCAUGAAUAUCACUGUGCUUAUGUUCAGAGAUUCCGCCGCACUUCAGUCAUGCAUAAUGGGAAAUAUGAGUGUUCCCUUUUCAUCCAGACGGAGGAUAAAUUCCCAGUCAAUGUAAAUGAAACCGUGAGAUGUGUUGUAAUCAGUUCUCUGGUAACUACACAAAGGAAGUUGAAAGCAAUGUCUUUGUUGAAUAGUCGAAACCAACUGGCCAGAGCUAUUCUGAAUCCAAACCCCAUGGACUUCUGUACAACAGGUCUACUAACUACAACGUCUGAGGGAAUUACUGCCUACUUAAGGGAUUUCAAUGACGACCAGAAGAAAGCGAUAGAAACUGCGUACGCCAUGGUGAAACACUCCCCGGCGGUGGCCAAGAUCUGUCUGAUUCAUGGGCCACCUGGAACAGGGAAAUCAAAAACCAUCGUUGGCCUCCUGUACCGCCUGCUGACCGAGAGGAGGGGGCAGUUGGAUGAAAACUCCAACGCCAAGAUCAAGCAGAACCGCGUGCUUGUGUGUGCGCCUUCCAACGCAGCCGUGGAUGAGCUGAUGAAAAAAAUCAUCCUCGAAUUCAAAGAAAGGUGUAAAGACAAGAAAAAUCCUCUGGGAAACUGUGGAGAUAUCAAUUUAGUACGUCUGGGUCCAGAAAAGUCUAUUAAUAAUGAGGUCCUAAGAUUCAGUUUGGACAACCAAGUUAACCACAGAAUAAUGAAAAAAGACUUACCCUACGUUCAGGAGAUGCAAAGAAGAAAGGAACAUCUAGACCAUCAACUAGAUGAACUUUCCCGCCAGCGUGCUUUAAGCCGAUAUGGAAGAGGAAUCCAGAGGCAAGAAUUAGAUGAAAAAAUUGCCCAAGUUUCAAAAGAAAGGCAGGAACUUGCGUCUAAAAUUAAAGAGGUUCAAGGGCGCCCACAGAAAACCCAGAGCAACAUCAUCCUAGAGUCCCACAUCAUCUGCUGCACCCUGAGCACGAGCGGCGGUUUACUGCUCGAGUCCGCUUUCCGGGGGCAAGGAGGGGUCCCCUUCAGCUGUGUCAUCGUUGACGAGGCCGGGCAGGCUUGUGAAGUGGAAACCCUUACCCCCCUCAUCCACCGCUGCAACAAGCUAAUCCUUGUCGGAGACCCGAAGCAGCUCCCCCCCACAGUCAUCUCCUUGACGGCGCAGGACUACGGCUACGAGCAGUCGAUGAUGGCCCGCUUCUGCAAGCUGCUGGAGGAGAACGUGGAGCACCUCGUGAGCGGCCGGCUGCCGGUGCUCCAGCUGACCGUGCAGUACAGGAUGCACCCCGACAUCUGCCUCUUCCCCUCCAACUACAUUUACAACAAGAGCCUGAAAACCAACAGAGGGACCGAGAGCGCGCGGUGUUCGUCCAGCUGGCCGUUCCAGCCUUACCUCGUGUUUGACGUCGGGGACGGCUCAGAACGACGGGAGAAUGACUCAUAUGUAAACAUUCAAGAAAUCAAAGUGGUGAUGGAAUUGAUUAAACUUCUCAGAGACAAAGGAAGGGAUGUUAAUUUCCGGAACGUUGGCAUCAUCACCCAUUACAAGGCUCAGAAGAUGAAGAUUCUGAAGGAGUUGGACAAAGAAUUUGAAGGAAGAGGGCUAGCAGAAGUAGAUACUGUGGACGCAUUUCAGGGUCGUCAGAAAGAUUGUAUUAUUGUUACAUGUGUCAGAGCGAACGCCAUACAAGGUUCAAUCGGAUUCCUGGCGAGUUUGCAGAGAUUGAACGUCGCCAUUACACGAGCCAAGUACAGCCUCUUCAUCCUUGGGCAUCUGAGGACCCUGAUGGACAAUCAGCAUUGGAACCACCUGAUUCAGGACGCGCAGAGGCGUGGCGCCAUCGUCAAGACCUGCGACAAGAACUAUAAGCAGGACGCCAUGAAGAUCCUGAAGCUCAAGUCGGUGCUGCAGCGGAGUCUGACCUACCCUCCUUCUGCGGCCCCCGAUGGCUCCAGCCCCCAGGGCGGCUCGCCGGGCAGCGACCAGAACAGGACAUGGCUGAGUGACUCCCUGUACCACGCAUCCUUGGACGCUAAGGAGGCUGCUGAUAGUGUUGCUGGAAAGGAUCUUGAACGGCCUGUUAAGGACCAGCUUCGGGACCCACGACUGCUCAGGAGAAUGGGCAUAAGCGCUGAAGCCCCAGCGAACUGCCCAAGGGACCCAGAGCCCCGGGACCCCCAGCAUUCUGAAGCAGCGCCCCUAUUAGGAGUCCCCGGCUUCCCUGUGAGUCCCCGGACUCUGGACCGCGCCUUGAAGCUGUGCCUGGCCACAUGGAGCAGCCACAGAGCUCACGUGCCGUGUGAACCUCCUGGCGCCAGCAUUGACUCCACAAAUGAAAGUGACCGGCAAGAGGGUCACAGCCACCAGAGAGAGGCCAGGGCUGUCAGUGACAGGGACCAGGAGAUGCCCAGCCCUGGGAACCAUCACCCCAAGAGGAGCUCCAGCUGGGACGAUGGGAGAGCCGAGGAGGAGGACAGCGGCUCCAAGAAGAGGAAGCUCUAGUCAGCCGGCGUGCGCGGCCAGCCGCAGGCACACUGCAGGCAGCGCGAGGACUUCAGCUACGAUUGUUUUUCUCAGGAGUGUGUGUGCUGUUAGGGAACAUGGGCAGUGUAGCAGCCCUGAGCCUCUUGCUCAUCGUCAGUUGCCAAAGCUCCAGAGGGGGCGUGUGUCGGUAACAGUGCCCUGGAGUGCAGCUUGCAGCGUUGACCUGUUGUUCUACAGAAAGUUAGGUCAGACCGGAGCGGGUAUCGGAAACGUUGAAAUGUGUAUUUGUAUAGCGAAUAGCAAAAGCCUUUUAAAAGUUGAUCUAGUAGACGCUCUUCUUCCCUUGCUUACAACGUGCGUCCCUUCGCCAGAACAGACUUUGUGUUACAACGAGGAGAAGAGCGGGAGCGGCGGCUGAGCCGCUGUGGCAGCAGGUGUGCAAUAGGCGGGCCUGGGGCAGCGGGCGCUGCUGGCCGGCGUGUCCGGUUCUGUUUACAAAGUGAGGGCAGGACACUGGGAAGCGGAGUUCUGUUCGGUCAGGUUCUGAUGGACGUUUCUAGACGAGGCACCUUGGCACGGACAGGACAUUUCUGGGAGGGAUUCAGCCACCUUUUAGUAGGCACACAGCUCUCUAGCAAAAAUUCUUCUCCUUCCUGAAAAAGAAGACUCGGCCAUGAAAUAAGCCUCGACUGAGCAUUCAGACACCCCAGCAUAUUGUGAGCUUCCUGUCACGGUGGGCUCCCACUUCAGGGUGGCCCAGCGCCAGGCUAGUGCUGGGCAGCUCUACGGACCCCUCAUCCGCUUGUGAGAGCUUGCAGGUUGCCAGGGGGCCCAGCUGAGUGACCAGUUUAGAUAGAGCCUGGAAAGCCCCAUGUUAUACAUCCGGGGGCGGGGGAGGGCGGGGGGGGGUGUCUGGUCCCGGCAGCUUGGGAACCACGAGGGCAGGCCGGGUGUAAUGCAGGGUGUCCCAAAGAAAUGCACACACGUAACAGCUGCUAGAUGGAUGUUUCCUUCUUUUCAGGUGUAGCCCAUUGGGUUGUUUAUUCAAAGUGUGUAUUCAUUUUUUUGGGACACCCGAAUUUUAGGCAGGAAUGAAACACCCUUUCAGAGAGGCUAGAAGAGGGUGAGAGAACUUGGGGUUGAGAACCGGGAAGAGCGGGACGCUUCCUGUGGAAAGGCCCGGCGGGAGAGCAUGCAGGGAGGGGAGUCUGAACGACGGAGAAGCGGGGUGCUGCCCAAACACGGACAGAACGGAUCGGGGAUCUCGCAGACAGGAGCGCGCACGUCAGUGGCAGCUGACCGUGGCUGCAGCAGGCUCGGGGGACUGCCCUGCAGCCACCGGCUAAUGGGGUGGGAAAGCGAACCCUGCGGCGAGCGCCGUUAGUUUUCUGAGCCUCUGCUUUCAGCAAGAGGGCUUUGUGUUAGUCAGAAGCUCUGCUGCCCCGUGGACUCCUAAGAGAUCUCUAGAAAGCAGUGUGUGCUCGCACGAGUGUAAAGUCUACCUCAUUGCUUGUCCUCGCUGGCCUGGUGCCGCACCCCCGCCCGGGAGCAGGGGUCCCCGGGGAGCAGGGGUGCCCGGGGCUGGGACAGCUGCCCUGGCUGGGCCGCAGGAGAAGCGCAGGGCGGGGCGGGGCCGUGGGAAGACAUCUCAGUGUUACUUUAAGUUUCCUCUCCGUCCUGGGAAAAUGCUCCGCUUAGCAGAUACUUGGAGUGUGACAGCAGUUCAGAGCCUAACAGCUCUGCGAGCUAGUGAGGGAGGCAGACAAGGCUGGGUGAGGCUUGCCACCCUCUGCUGUAGAGGCAGGCGUCUACCAUGCCCAACAGUGUUAUUUCCAGUUAAGUUCUAGGCCUGUUCUCACGCGUGUUGGCUCCCCUGGUCUGACGGUGCAUGAUGUAGCCGGAGACUCGCGUAACCCUUUCCAAGGGCAAGCCUGUGCCCUGCCAGCUCUCCCGGCAGAACACAGGGUACCUGCCCUUGCCUUUGGAACCAUUGGUUGUUGAGUAAAAGCAUUUGCAUAGAGCGUUCCAAGUGUCCGGUGUGGCUUCCUCGCUGGGCUGUCCCAGCGUUGCGAGUGGCAGCUGAGCGCAGCUAGUGGAAAGGCUGCCUGCUCCGGGCCAGCCAGGGUGCUCCACGGAAGGAAGUGCCUGUCUGCUCUCAUACCAGUUCCAUCAUGAAUACAUUCUACUGACUUUGCUUUUCCAUGUGUGACCUGCCUGGGGUUUACUGUGCACAGUUUAUUUAGUGACAUGUCUUCAUGUAUUAGCAGGAGAAUUUUGAUAAAUACAUGUGAAUAAUCUGUAAAUGAGUUUUGUAACCAGACUGUACCUAAACUAUUUUCUAAAGUGAGUUGUGCACAUUAUAUUUUUUGCUGGA